AUGAUUUUCCCCCGGGUUAUCCGAUGGGCCAGGCUGCCUGGAAAGGCAGUUGCCGUAGCGAAGGGCUCGCAAAGUUUGCGGGCGUUUGCUACUUCGCGCGGUGUGCUGGCCUCUACCCCCACCCGGUCGACUGUGAUUCAGCUGCUUGACAACAUUGGCUCAAAGCGCGAGGUUGAGCAAUACCUCAAGUACUUCACUUCCGUUGACUCCCAGCAAUUCGCUGUGAUCAAGGUAGGCGGUGCAAUUAUCACCCAGGAAAUGCCCCAACUCGUUUCCGCUUUGGCGUUCCUUUACCACGUCGGCCUCUACCCCAUUGUGCUGCAUGGAACAGGUCCUCAGAUUAACCAGCUUCUGGAGAACGAGGGAGUUGAGCCCGAGUACAUUGAUGGCAUCCGCGUCACUGACUCCAACACUAUGAAGGUUGUUCGCCAGUGCUUUUUGGAGCAGAAUCUUCGUCUUGUCGACGCUCUGGAGAAGAUGGGCGUCCGGGCCCGCCCUAUUACUGGUGGUGUCUUUGGUGCCGAAUAUUUGGACAAAAGCAAAUACAAGCUUGUUGGCAACAUCAACAAGGUCAACCGCGGCCCUAUCGACGCCAGCAUUGAAGCCGGCUGCUUACCCGUUCUCACUGCCCUUGCUGAGACUCCAGAUGGCCAGAUCUUGAACGUCAACGCCGAUGUUGCUGCUUCCGAGCUGUCCCGUGUUAUUGAGCCUCUCAAGAUUGUCUAUCUGUCCGAAAAAGGCGGCCUUCACGAUGGCGCAGGCAAACGCAUUUCGGUCAUCAAUCUCGAUGAGGAGUUCGAUCAUCUGAUGCAGCAGCCCUGGGUCAAGUACGGUACCAAGUUGAAGAUCAAGCAGAUCAACGAUUUGUUGACCUACUUGCCUCGCUCGUCCUCCGUGGCUAUUAUUUCUACCAAUGACCUGCAGAGAGAAUUGUUCACUGACGGUGGUGCUGGCACUUUGAUUCGCCGCGGCCACAAGCUCGACACUUACAGCUCAAUGGCCGAUUUCAAGAGCUUGGACCGUGUUCGUGCUGCUCUUGAGUCCGAUAGCGAUCUGGCUGCUCAGGGUAUGUCUGUGUCCCAGUACUUGCGCAGCCUGGAGGGCCGCUCUAUUAAGGCCUAUGCCGACGAGUUGGUUGAUGUUCUGGCUAUCGUCGACACCUCUGCUCAGCCCUCCAAGGUUGAGAAGUUUGUUGCAUCCAAGUCUGGAUGGCUCAAUAAUGUUACUGAGAACGUUUGGACUGCUUUGCGUAACGACUUCCCGUCGCUUCAGUGGGUUGUUGAUGAGCAAGAUGAAAACUGUGCCUUUUUCUUCUCCAAAGCCGACGGCUCUUUCAGUCAUAAUGGUAAAGUUCUGUUCUGGUAUGGCGUGCCUACUGCCGAGGUUCCUGAUUUGAUCCAGGCAUUCAUUCCUGCGCGUCAGACCGCUUCUAGUUCGGCCCCUGUCCGCGCCGGUGCUCGCGCUUUUUCGACUGCGCGCGUUGUCCGUGACUCCACCAACCCUGAACCUCCUUUGUCAACCGGCACCAACUUCGAGAAGGCCCGAGUGGCUCUUAUUGGUGCUCGUGGUUACACCGGUCAAGCUCUUAUUGAAAUGAUCAAUCACCACCCAUUUUUGGAGCUCGCUCACAUUUCUUCGCGCGAGCUAGAGGGCCAAAAGCUUGAGGGCUACACGAAAAAGGUAGUCCACUAUGAGAACCUGCGUCCCGAGCAGGUCCAGAAGCUUGCUGAACAAGGCAAAGUAGAUGUUUGGGUUAUGGCUCUUCCCAACGGUGUCUGCAAGCCUUUUGUAGAUGCUGUUGAGGCUGGUCGCUCUGGACACCGUCAGAUCAUCAUCGAUCUGUCUGCCGAUUAUCGUUUCGACGACUCUAACAAAUGGGUCUAUGGCUUGCCCGAGUUGGGUGCUCGUGCCCAGCUUGCUCAGGCUGAUUUCAUUUCCAACCCUGGCUGCUAUGCCACUGCCGCUCAACUUGCGAUUGCACCUCUUCUUGAGUACAUUUCGGAGAACGAGCGACCCACUGUCUUUGGUGUUUCCGGCUACUCUGGCGCUGGUACCAAGCCUUCUCCUAAGAACGACGUCAACAACCUUCGGGACAACCUAAUUCCUUAUUCGUUGACUGACCAUAUUCACGAGCGUGAGGUUUCCCGCCAACUUAGCCGUCGCAUCAACUUCACUCCUCACGUCGCUCAGUGGUUCCAGGGCAUUUCGCACACUAUCAACAUUCCACUCGCCGAGAAGCUCACAAGCAGAGACAUCCGCAACCUUUAUCAGGACCGAUACGCUGGCGAAAAGCUCAUUACGGUCACUGGUGAGCCGCCCUUGGUGCGGGAUAUUUCCGGACACCACGGCGUUGUCAUCGGUGGCUUCGGUGUUAACGCCGCUCAAGACCGCGUGGUUAUCGUUGCAACCAUUGACAAUUUGCUCAAGGGCGCUGCUACUCAGUGCUUGCAGAACAUCAACCUGGCUAUGGGCUAUGGUGAGUACGAGGGUAUUCCCAUUGAUCCGCUAAUUCGCGGAUAA